UCCCGCUGUAGCGCCCCCCGCCCAGCCAUGGACAUGGAGGUGGAUGUAGGCUCUGUGAUCUCGGGCCUGUCUGGCGGGGAUGGGGCGGGCCUGGGGCCCGGCGAGGAGGAACUGGAGGUCGGGGGCGCCCCUGGCUGCUCUGGGGCCGGCUCCCUCCAGUUGGAUUUCGAGAGGAGCCGCUCGGAGUCCAGCGGGGAGGAAGAGGAGGAGGAGCUGGAGGAAGAGGAGCUGGAGGGGCGCCCCGGGGCCGGCUUUGGGGCCUGCCGAGAGGCAGAGGGGGAGCUGGACUCGGACGCUGAGCGUGAGCGCAUGAUAAACCUGUCUGAGUUGACGCCUUACAUCUUGUGUUCCAUCUGCAAAGGUUAUUUUAUAGAUGCCACGACCAUUACAGAAUGUCUUCAUACAUUCUGUAAAAGCUGCAUAGUAAGACAUUUUUACUACAGUAACAGAUGUCCAAAAUGCAACAUUGUUGUACAUCAGACACAACCUCUUUAUAAUAUCAGGUUGGAUCGACAGUUACAAGACAUAGUGUAUAAAUUGGUUGUCAAUCUGGAGGAGAGAGAGAAAAAGCAGAUGCAUGAUUUCUAUAAAGAAAGAGGUCUAGAAGUACCCAAACCUGCUGUCCCACAGCCAGUCCCUGUGAGCAGAGGAAGACCUCGGAAAGUCUUGGGAUCAGUGUUUCGAAUCCCACCAGAACUUGACAUCUCACUGCUUUUGGAGUUCAUUGGAGCUAAUGAAGGCGCAGGGAAUUUUAAGCCAUUGGAAAAAAAGUUUGUGCGAGUUUCAGGAGAAGCAACCAUCGGCCAUGUGGAAAAAUUCCUGCGAAGAAAAAUGGAUCUCGACCCGGCUUGUCAGGUGGACAUAAUAUGUGGUGAUCACCUUCUAGAACACUACCAGACGCUGAGGGAAAUCCGCCGAGCUAUAGGAGACGGUGCUAUGCAGGAUGGUUUGCUUGUACUGCACUAUGGCCUUGUGGUAUCUCCGCUAACAAUAACUUAAAGAUUGCUAGAGUAUCAGAAGGUGAAAGGAUCCAAAACAUGAAGCUUCUUCAAUGCUGUGUCUCACCAAAGAAGGUCAUCUUCCUUGCUUCCUGUCACAGGAAAUAAAUGAAUGAAACCACCACUAACUGCUGUACACUUAUAACUUAGCAUUUGACUUUGCCGGUGUAAAAAAAUGCAGCCUCUGUAAGUACAGUUGUAAACACUGCAGAGCUCUAUAUUACAAAUGAUGCUACUUAAACUGUAGCUAGCUCAGGGAAAGCAGAAUACUCAGAGUUGCUGAAUUUUAUUUUUAAAUCCUUCUUAAAUCCACAGGAUCUCACAGGGUUAAUUUGCUUUCUCCUCCACUAAUCUUAAUCUUGGGCAGGUCCCUAACUUCUUAUCUCCGUAAGACCUUACGUACUUCUGAAGUAUGUGGCUGGAAUGGUGCUCUCAGGGAUGAUCUUCAGUGGGUGAUGUCCCUUUUUUGGGGGAGGCGAUACAAUCAUUUACCUAAAAAGAAUGUCAUCAGCAGCUGACUUGAUUUAGAAAUGGUGGGCGGGGGGAGAUUUUCCAGCUUGUCUGUAGGCCAAAAUGGGUAAGCAACUUCACAUGGGUUAAGUAUUGACUUUCCUAAUUCUACUGGAAACAGCAUUAAGGCAUCCUUUCUCUUCAAGAAAACAAAUUUCAUCUGCACUAGGUCCAGAACUGGUAGUAGCUAGACUCAUGUUAACUACUGUGUAACCAUAUAGCUCAUGGUACGGCUCUCCGCAUGGAUGGACCAGUAGAUUAUUCUGUGCACAGAGGACAUCAAUGUAUGACCUUCCCUCCAUCUGUGAUAGAUGUGAAAUAAUUAGACUUUCAGCCUGCUCCCAUUGAAGUCAAUCAGCUGACUUGCCUGGCAGCAGAAUCAAGCCUUUCCUUUUUAACACCUCUCCUUACAAUCCCAGCAAAAAUGGAGACUCUCACAUUCUCUUCAAAGUACCAUGUUGUAAUGACCUUUGAAUGCAUUAAGGGGGAGACCAUGUUUGAGGCUGCUACUGGGUGCAGGGCAAUGGAAUGAACAUCUGUUACUACUACUGCUUCGACAGCUGCACAAAGACUGUUAGGUAGUUUUUAAUUUUAACAUAACUGUAGUUCAUGAUCACUUAAUAUUUCAAUAUUCUGUUCUGUUUGUUAUGAGACUUUAAUGAUUUCUUCCACAGAUAUAAAAAACAGAGGUGUGCAUGAGUAGAGUUUCAUUGCAUACUUGACUUAAAGGCCAGAUUUCAAGGUAGCUGGGUUCCUAACUCCCAAUGAUUUUAAUAGGAGUUAGAUGUCUAACUACCCUUUAAAAAUCUGGCUCUUAAUUCUUUAAAACCAAUGUUUGUUUUGCCUGUGAAGAUGACACUUUAAAAAAAAUCUUGUUUACCUAAAGUCACUUCUUGUGAUGUUUCUAAAAAUGUAACAAAAAAAAAUGUGUAGUCAAGAUUUCUGACUUAUUUUCAAGGUUUGUAUAAAAGUAGUGCUGAAAAUGGAACAGAAAAAGGGAUUAUUUUGUAAACACUUUGUGCAUUGUGUUGAUAAGAGAUUUUAUCUUGUAAGAGUUAAAUAAAGUUUUAUUUUAGCCUACUUGAAA